AGGAGGUGGAGGAGGAGGAGGAGGAGGAGGAGGUGGCGGCGAGAAGAUGGCGACUUCGAACAAUCCGCGGAAAUUCAGCGAGAAGAUCGCGCUGCACAACCAGAAGCAGGCAGAGGAGACAGCGGCCUUCGAGGAGGUCAUGAAGGACCUGAGCCUGACGCGGGCCGCGCGGCUCCAGCUCCAGAAGUCUCAGUACCUGCAGCUGGGCCCAAGCCGGGGCCAGUACUACGGUGGGUCCUUGCCCAACGUGAACCAGAUCGGGAGUGGCACCGUGGAUCUGCCCUUCCAGCCCAGCGGAUAUCUGGGGGAGGCCCUGGCGGCGGCUCCUGUCUCUCUGACACCCUUCCAGUCCUCGGGCCUGGACACCAGCCGAACCACCCGGCACCACGGGCUGGUGGACAGAGUGUACCGAGAGCGUGGCCGGUUGGGCUCGCCACAUCGCCGGCCCUUGUCAGUGGACAAACACGGACGGCAGGCGGACAGCUGCCCGUACGGCACCGUGUACCUCUCGCCGCCCGCGGACACCAGCUGGAGAAGGACCAAUUCUGACUCUGCCCUGCACCAGAGCACAAUGACACCCACCCAACCAGAGCCCUUCACAGGCGGGUCCCAGGACGCACACCAGAAAAGAGUCUUACUAUUAACAGUUCCAGGAAUGGAGGAGACCACGUCGGAGACAGAUAAGAAUCUUUCUAAGCAAGCAUGGGACACCAAGAAGGCGGGGUCCAGGCCCAAGUCCUGCGAGGUCCCCGGGAUCAACAUCUUUCCAUCCGCUGACCAGGAAAACACUACAGCCCUGAUCCCUGCCACCCACAACACAGGGGGCUCCCUGCCCGACCUGACCAACAUACACUUCCCCUCCCCCCUCCCGACCCCGCUGGACCCUGAGGAGCCCACCUUCCCCGCGCUCAGCAGCUCCAGCAGCACCGGCAACCUCGCAGCCAACCUGACUCAUCUGGGCAUCGGCGGCGCCAGCCAGGGGAUGAGCACACCAGGCUCCUCACCGCAGCACCGCCCGGCUGGCGUCAGCCCGUUGUCCCUGAACACAGAGGCAAGGAGGCAGCAGGCCCAGCAGGUGUCAUCCACCCUCUCCCAGCUGUCACCCAUCACUCAGGCUGUGGCCAUGGAUGCCCUGUCUCUGGAGCAGCAGCUGCCCUACGCCUUCUUCACCCAAGCAGGCUCCCAGCAGCCGCCGCCGCCGCAGCCCCAGCCCCCUCCACCGCCGCCACCCGCGUCCCAACAGCAGCCACCCCCGCCACCCCCGCAGGUGCCCGUCGGCCUCCCCCCAGGCGGCCCCCUGAUGCCAAGUGCCAGCUUGACGCGGGGGCCCCAGCUGCCCCCACUCGCGGUCACGGUACCGUCCUCUCUCCCCCAGUCCCCCCCAGAGAACCCAGGCCAGCCACCAAUGGGGAUCGACAUUACCUCGGCGCCGGCCCUGCAGCAGUACCGCGCUAGCGCCGGCUCCCCGGCCAACCAGUCUCCCACCUCGCCUGUCUCCAAUCAAGGCUUCUCCCCGGGGAGCUCCCCGCAACUCACUCACCAAGGAGGAAGCAGAGUUGGGUCUGGGCUGCGGAUGUGUUUCCUGAGGCCUGGUGCCGCGGGUGAGCACUCCUCCACCUUGGGCAGCGUGUUUGGGGACUCGUACUAUGAGCAGCAGAUGGCGGCCAGGCAGGCCAAUGCUCUGUCCCACCAGCUGGAGCAGUUCAACAUGAUGGAGAAUGCCAUCAGCUCCAGCAGCCUGUACAGCCCGGGUUCGACGCUGAACUAUUCGCAGGCGGCCAUGAUGGGCCUCACGGGCAGCCAUGGGAGCCUGCCGGACACGCAGCAGCUUGGCUACCCCAGCCACAGCAGCAUCCCCAACAUCAUCCUCACAGUGACGGGAGAGUCCCCUCCCAGCCUGUCUAAAGAACUGACCAGCACACUGGCAGGGGUCGGUGACGUCAGCUUCGACUCCGACAACCAGUUCCCCCUGGACGAACUCAAGAUUGACCCCCUGACCCUGGACGGACUGCACAUGCUCAACGACCCUGACAUGGUCCUGGCCGACCCGGCCACCGAGGACACCUUCCGGAUGGACCGUCUGUGAGCUGCACACCCGGCACGUCGCCGCCCAGCCCCCGGCUCCAUCACCCCGCCGGUCAGUGGUCCCGACGGCGUCUCCCUGAGCCCAGGGACGGCCGCGCUCCGUCCUUCGCAAACGGCCGAGCUUGUGAUUCUGAGCUUGCAAUGCCGCCAAGCGCUCCCUGCCCACCCGCCCGUCCCACCCCCCAGCUGUCCACCUCCCUCGGGAGGCCGCGUGUCACCCCCGCGGACCCUCCCUGCGCGUGCUCUCUCGACCCUCACCCUGGGCCAUGAGCCGUCCCCCUGUAAGAUGCAGAAAACGUGUUGGGCAGGGCCGCCGGCCUGGAGGGGGCGCUGUGGUCCACGGCGGCGGUGGGCUGAGGUGCAUUUUCCGACUGUUUGUCCAGCUCUCACUGCCUUCCUUCGUUCCUGGUCCCCCCAUCCCAACCCGCCCGCCACCCCCAGCCCGAGGUUAGGUAGCGAGCCAGCCCCACCCUGCCAAAGGGAGAAGGUGCCAGAGAGGGGCAGACACAACGUGAAAUAAACACUAUUUUGACUGCUGUCUUUUAUAUUUCUGAGCACAUUCAGAGAAUGCUAUGCUCCAUCCCACGGAGGUAGAAUAUCAAAGGUGUGAACAGAGCAUGGCAAGCAGCUAAAUCUUCCUGGGACCCGCGCUCCCGCUUUGCCCGCCCCCAGCCAGGUCCCUCUGCGGCCGCCUUUGCUCCAAAAAUGAAGCCCCUAGCCGGGAUGGAGGGGCCAGCUGGGGGGUGCAUGUGGGGACCGCGUGUGUUUCUGGGGGUUGUUUUCAUCUCUCAACUCGUUCUCAUCUUUUCUUCUCUGUACGGUGGUCACUGUUACUGUUGUUUAAAGAGCGGGGUGGGGUGGGGACUGCCAGGGCGGGUUUUGUUGUGUUUUUGUUUGUUUCUUUCGGUUUGUAUUUACACUUUGGUUGUAGACGAGUAGCUGACUCCUUCAAUCCAGUACUUUCCUGAGAGCAUGUUUUUAUUCCGGAAAUCCCAUGUUACAUAUUUUUUAAGCUAACCGGACGCGGCCUGCGGCCUGCCGGGCCUGAGCUGAGUCUCCGGCCACUUGAGCUAAGGCUGAGUGAGGGCAGCUGGGGCCUGCUGGGGUCCCUGGCAGAAGCUCCAGGUGGCCGGGGGUGCCUCCCCUCCAGCCACAUGACAAGACUUCCAGGAAGGAGCCACGGCUUUUAUUAAGGGUCCCUCGAAGGCCCACCCCUGCCUGGUCGUCCUCAAGGUGCCUGCCGCUGCUCAGGAAGGACUAGGCCCAGACUCUGAGGCUGGCGGCAGCAGCAGCCCCUCUGCCUCCCCUCACCACCACCCCCCCCCCCAGGGAUGAGGCUGCCCUCUCGCCCCGCUCAGCCCGGAGAACUGGCUGACAUUCUUCCCUUCCAGCCACCCCUGUCAGGGCUCCUCCCAUCAGGGCUGGCUCCGGAGGCCAAGAGCAGUGUGUGUUGUAGGGGUGGCCUUCAGGGAGGCUGAGGUGACCCUUGGGGCACAGCCACCAUACUGGGGACUGUCCCUGGGCCUGGGAGGGGGUGACAGGGCUGUCUUUCUUUUCUGUCAGCUGCCCUGGGAUUGGAACUGCUGUCUCAGUCCCUCCAAAGCUGCACCUUGAGCGCUGGCUGGCUCUGCGGACUGCAGGCUGGGCUGGCACCUUCUGCUCGGUGCAUUUCUCUGUGGUGUCCCAGCCACUGUCUCUAGGUCUUUUGAGCCCUCGGCUCUGUCCUCGCGGGAGCCAGAUUCCAUCCUAGUCAUAUCCCUCCCUCUCUUCCCUCGGCCAGGCCAUUAGCAUCUGGCCAAGCAACUGGGCAGCCCCAGGCGUGAGAAGACCCCGUCCUCAGUCAGUUAACCCCUGCUGCCCGCGUCUGGGCUGGGGGACACAGGGUUGGUCUGUCCAGGUCGGGGGCCCAGCCUCUUACCAAGGCAGGGGCUGGGAGCAAAGAGUGAGACUUUUUCUUCUUCUUCUUCUUUUUUUUUUUAAAGAAAAAACUACAUGUACAUAGAAGAGUUUGAUUACCAUUAGACUUGUGUGUAGAACUUUUUUAAAAAUGGCCUUAAUAAAACUACAAGCAACCUUCCUGGAUGCAAUUUUCAAAACAAGGCAUUGGGGACCCCCGUGAGGGAGCCUUGUCCGCCCGUACUUCCCACCUGCUCGGCGCCUGGCUCUCAGCACAGGUGGGCAGGAGAGGGUGGACGUCCACCCCUGCGGUCCAUGUCCGACAGCCCCUUGGCUUGGGGGGCAUGGGAGACAUUGUAUUUACAUGGCCACUUUCGCCCAGGAGGGGCGUAGGUGCAGUUUUCCGAGGGAGGGGGUCCCAGCCAGGAGCCAGUGGCCAGGCAUCCCUGUGUCCUCAAAAGGGUUCACACCCCUGCCUGGGCCUGGGCAGGCCUCCUGAGGUCGUAGCGGGGGAUUUUGCUUAUUUCGUAAAUAUUGCUUCUCUACUAAGUAUUCUUGAAUUGCCAAGAUUUCCUGAAACAGGACAGCCUAAGGGAACCAGCCCUUUGACUUGUGAUGUGAAAUACUGUGAUUUCAGGCGAGCUGCGCCGAGAGGGGUGGGCCGGGGCCCCUGAAUAUUGUACAUAGACCCGCCGCCUGUGUCCUCGCUCAUGCGCUUGGGACAGGCCUGGAUGCUCAGCCCGCGUGAAGUCAGAGGCCAAGCCAGUCUGUCCCUCUGCUGCUGCACCACCCCCCACCCCCCACCCCCCGCUGAGUGCUCUCGAUUUUAGUCCCUUCAGCUGUGUGACCUUCUGCCCUGGGAACAAGCUGAACAGUAUGUUCCCACCUCCCUCAGUUUACCCUCUGUCCCCCAAGCUCCCAGGACAGUGAGUUGUUUACCCCCAGGGAGGCUUGUGGGUCAAAGUAGAGCCUGGGAUCAGCCCCUCUGUGUCCUCCAGAGAAGAGGGCUUCUGCCCCUGUCCCCUCAACACACACCCAUCAGAGUCACCCCCACAGUGUCCAGGACUCAUGUGGGGGAGGAGAAGGGGUCUUGUUGGGACCAUAUUCCCUGUGACAGGUAUCCAUGCCAACCUCCAUCCCCACUGAGUCCUUUCCGGGGGAAGACAGGCAGUGCUCUUCAGGACGUACUGUGACCCCCUCCUUGUUCUCCUCAUACCCCCCGGCUUCCUCCCAAUGCUCUUCUGGGCAGGAAGGGUUGGGGGGUGCCAGUCCCUUGGGGCAAGGAGCCCUGAGACCCUCAGUGGAAAGUUCAGGAGGCAGGUUGACCCUUCCACAAAAUUUAGGGACUCCCAGCUGAUAGAUUCAAGAACUGUGUAUGCUCUCCUCUGGGGGACAAACCAGAGCGAAAGGUGCCCUAAAUGGUGUAAGUCCAGUCUCCCCUGCCACUGCACUCCAGAGGACUCCCUGGGAGCAGCUAGGCCUAAGGGAAGGGCAUCCAUGUGUGUUUGUGGCCCUUUCCCCAGACACACCUCCAUGCAGAUCUCCCUUUGGGCUUCUGAGCCACCUGCCUGCCCCGGGCUUGUGCCUUGAGGGCAGGGGUCCUGCCUUUGCAGGUCUUUUCUUGUCUCUUUUGGGGCUUGGUGGGCUGGGAAAAGGGGUUCUGAUGUCUGUGUUUUGGCCUGAUUUCUUUGGGUGGCUGAGCUCCCCAGAGAGUGCCUCGCUGGGUGGGCCCUGUUGCGAGGCCCAUGUGUCAUAGUGGGGCAGGCAAGGAUGGGUGUCCAGCACGAGGAGACCCCCCGCAUGAAGGGUGAGAAGGCUCCACGUCCAUCCAGAUGUCUUGGGGUGGCGGUCUGGUUUGUGGGCUGUGUGCCAGGUGCUAGCUGUGGCCUGGUCAGGCAGGAUGGGAGCCAAUGCCCGGGCUGUGGGGAACUGGGUUGCCUACCCCCAUCCAGCAUCCUGGACCUGGUGAGCCCCUGUAAGGGACUGUCCUUAGAGGGGCCCUCAGUGGAGCUGAGGACACAUGGAAAUGCUCCCCCCUCCCCAGACCUCCACAUCUCAGCCAACCCUGAGCUGGUUCAUAACCAAACAUCCUUCCAGACUCCCACCCCCAGCUGGAUUCUGGGUUUUGUGCAUUUCCAAAGAAGGCAUCCCCACUCCUGGGUACAGGCUGGGUGUGGUAAGGCCUGUUGGUAUUGGGAGGCCUUCCACCCCCUGCCCCGGUCCUGACAAAGCAGCAGCAGCACCCAUCACCUUCCCUGGGAUCUGAUGGAGCCCCAGGUCAAAGGCCACAGAGGUUCUCAGUGUGGGGUUAGAGUGUGGGAGCUGCAAGGUCAAGGGUACCUUGUACCCCUGGUCUUGGCCCAUUGUUCCUGCAGGUGCCACUGCAGGGAAGGGAGCUCUGGCCAUCAGAGCCAGUCCCACUUGGCUUGAAGAGCUGUUGGGGGGAAGGGGAGGGGCGUACUGUGUGCUUCCCCCACUGCUGGAGGCCUGCCUAGGGUGAGUAGGCUGUGGGGUCUGUUGCUGCCCCACCUCCUGGGGGUUCCUGAAUCAUUCCCCCAUCAGGCCCUGCCUGGCUGGAGCUGACUCUGUCCUUGGUUUCUCUUGAUCUUUGGUCUCCAGGGUUCCCGGUUGGGUGGGGCCCAGGCACCUCUCAUUACCCUUCCUGUGCCGCAGGCAACUGGCCACAGACCCGUUCUCUCCGAAGUGGCCUCUCCCCAGGAGGGAGGUGGGGUGACCUGAACCCCCAGGCCUGAGCACUGGAGUACUCUUAGAGGUAUUGGGGUGGGCCACGGGUAAUGCUAAAAAGACCCUUGUGACCCAGGCCUCAGCUUCCCUCCUGUCACUGGCUCAGACCCAUGGGUCUUAGGGCCUCCGGCUCCUCCCUGGCAAGGUCAGGGAUAGGGGCUAGACAUGAGAGCGUUGCUGGCUCCAGACAGUUCCCUCUGCCUUCUGUCUCUCGGCCAGCCCUCCACAUCCUGUCCCCAGGAUGCCACUGACAGGCAGUACUUGUAGGGGAGUGGCAUCGCCCCCAUUUAGCAGGGUUCUGGAGCUCGGGGGCCGUUAAUGCCCAGCCCAUCCUAGCCCACCACUUCUGACCUCUUGCCCACUCGGGACAGGUGGACAUAGCCGUGGCCUUUGCCACCAGGCCCUGAGAGGAGGGCUUUGGCAGCCAAGGUCCACCUGUCCCACUGUGCCCCACUUUAGGAGAGUGCCCCCCAGGGGGCUGGGCGGGCCCACUGAUAUAUGCAAACCGCCCUCCGAGCUCUGCUCCGCCUCUGUUCCUCUGUCCGCAGGCUGGCUCUCCCCCGCCCCCAGCAUGUACACUCUGCUGUGGAUGUCCCAUGGGCCGUGGGUUGGGUGCCCACGGCGGGUGGGGGCGGGCGGCUCAGGGCGCACUCGGCCGGCCCCUGCCCAUCCCUUCUGGCGUGGACGCUUUUGUCUUUGUACCUUUGCAUCCUUUGUAAUGAAACAUAAUAAAAAUCCAAUGUUUUCGUC